UCUUAAAUAUGGCUGCUUCCGGGAUCCACUGUAUGCAGAUUAACUUGCAUCAUUGUAAGGGCGCUUCGGCGAUUUUAGCCAAGAACUUUGCAAGGAUGCAGGCAGCUAUAGCCUUUGUUCAAGAACCUUGGGUUUACAAGGGUAAGAUUAGAGGUCUAAGUGGCGGUGGGGUGCUAGUCAGUUCACCACAGGAACCAGUUCCAAGGGCUUGUCUGAUCUAUAAAGGUCUAGAUGCUUUCCCUCUAUUGGAAUUAACUACCAGGGACUUAGUUGUUGUUAAGGCUAAGUACCUAGAAAAGAACGGAAAUAAAAGGGAGGUUGUAGUAGCUUCCGCAUAUUUUCCGGGAUCGGGGGAUGACCCCGCACCACCUGCAGAGGUGGAGAAGUUGGUAGAUUACUGUCAACGGCAAGGUCUCCCAUUAAUAAUAGGUUGUGAUGCCAAUGCGCACCUCAAGGCCUCCAUGGCAUGCUUCCCCACUUCCUAUGGAACGAUGGAGGAGUUAGAGCUUGCAGCGGAAUAUCUGCGAGAUUCUAUUAUCUGUUCCUUUGAAAGGAACUGUGUAGUUAAGAAAAUGGGCUUCAAUGGGGGCGGUAAAUGGUGGACCCCCCGUUUGGAGGAACAUAGGAAAACUGUAAGAAAGCUUUUUAAUAAAGCCAAGAAACGUAGGCAUCAGCGAGCAUGGGAUGAAUAUCAUACCGCUCGCGAUUCUUAUAAGAAAGAAGUAGAUAGGGCAAGGGGUGUCAGCUGGAGAAGUUUUUGCGAGGGAAUCGAGAGGGUACCAGAAGCUUCAAGACUUCAUAAAGUACUAGCUCGAGACCCAAUGGCAAAAUUAACUACUAUUAAGCUGCCUAAUGGGCAGUAUGCCCAGGAUAAAAGGGAGUGUCUAAAGCACCUGAUGGGAGUAAACUUCCCGGACUUUAGAGAAGGUUUGGAGAACAGCCAGGGCAUAGGACCAGGUAGGAACCGAGGAUAUCGGGAACACUGGAAACUAGCAGCCAGGGUUGUAACUCCGGAAGGGAUUGAUUGGGCAAUAAGCACUUUCAAACCAUUUAAGGCUUCAGGGGGGGACGGUAUAUAUCCGGUUCUUUUGCAAAAGGGAUUGGAUUGUAUUAGAGUACCCCUGUGUAAAAUUAUGAGAGCAUGUAUAGCUCUUGGUUAUACACCGGAGUCUUGGAAAAAGACGAGGGUUGUGUUUAUUCCGAAGGCCGGUCGGUCAGGCUAUACUGCGGCGAAGGACUUCAGGCCAAUCAGCCUAACUUCCUUUAUAUUAAAGACGUUAGAGAAACUGGUGGAUAAGUUUAUUAGACAGGAAUGUCUUAGAGAUUUUCCCCUACAUCAGGGACAGCAUGCAUAUAGAGCAGGCUUCUCAGUAGAAACAGCCCUCCAUUCGGCAGUAGGUAGAAUAGAGGGACAAAUUAGCAGUGGUUGUUAUGCGGUUGGUACCUUUCUUGAUAUCGAAGGUGCCUUCCCUAACACCUCUAGCAAAACUAUCUGCAGGGCAGCCAGAAUGCGAGGUGUGCCCGAGCCGCUAGUUAAGUGGAUCGACAGCAUGCUUCGCGAAAGGGCCCUGGAGGCAGAGUAUGGUGAGGCCAAGGUAACCGGCCUUGUCUCAAAAGGGUGCCCACAGGGAGGAGUUCUCUCUCCUUUAUUGUGGUGCUUAGUGGCAGAUGAGUUAAUUAGAAACCUCAAUAGCCAGGGAUAUUAUACGCAAAGUUAUGCGGAUGAUUUCCUUAUAAUUAUAAGAGGGCACUCAAUUGAGACCCUCUUAGAACUUACGGAACGUGCGCUUAAGAUUGUCAAGGAUUGGUGCAAUCUGACUGGACUUUCUGUAAACCCAGAGAAAACGAAUAUAGUAGUUUUCACAAGAAAAUAUAAGGUACCGAGUUUGAAGAAACCGAUAUUUUAUGGAAAAGAGAUUUCCUUUUCUGAAUCGGCUAAGUAUCUGGGAGUAAUCCUGGAUAAAAAGCUGGUUUGGAGGGAACAUUUCGAAUAUCAGUAUAGCAGGUUUUGUACCGCGUUUUGGGCGUGUAGAAGGGCGAUAGGGUCAUCAUGGGGACUAAGGCCUAAUAUGGUCAACUGGCUCUAUCAGAUGAUCUUAAAACCAAGGUUUCUUCACGCGGUGGUUGUCUGGUGGUCCAGGACUCAACUGAUAACGGUUAAAGAGAAACUGGGCCAACUGCAAGCAAUGAUUUUCAGGGGUAUUACGGGGGCAAUGAGGACCACGCCAACAGCUGCGUUGGGAUUCAUGCUUGCCGAGGCACCUCUGCAUAUUGCCGCGGUGAAAAAGGCGGCUCUUACUAUGAGCAGGUUAACUGUGCAGGGAAGGUGGAAGGUUGGUGGUAUACACACCAAGCUUCCACGCUCAAUUCUAUCAAUACCAGAAUUAAGUAUGGUGCAAGAUAGAAUGAUCAAGAGGGUGAAAUUUAAACCCCGCUUUAAGAUCAUUACACCUUCCAGAAUGGACUGGAAGAAAGGUUUUCCACUUGGGGACGAAGUCUGGUAUACAGACGGCUCCAAGAUGGACUGCGGUGCAGGCUUCGGAAUUUAUCGGAAAACUGGCUGCAUUAAAGUGGCUGAGUCAUUAGGACAACAUGCCACGGUCUGGCAGGCAGAGGUCUGUGCGAUUUUAACUUGCGCCCAAAUAUCCAUUCGAAAUGGAACAAAGGGCAAGAGGAUUAGUAUUUGUGUGGACAGUCAAGCGGCCUUAGGGGCUCUGAAAAAUCCCACAAUAGAAUCAAAACUCGUCUGGGAAUGCCGCAGCGUACUAGAUGAGUUGGGUUCAGCAAAUAGACUUUCACUGAUUUGGGUACCGGGUCACUCGGGAAUCAAGGGUAAUGAAAGAGUAGACGUCUUGGCGAAAACCGGUUCCGAGACGAAAUUUAUAGGUCCUGAACCAGCAGUGGCAAUAAUGCCAUGCUUGGUUAAGGGAGCCAUAGAAAGAUGGGGUGAAAAGGAACAUGAGAAGUAUUGGGCGAACGUUGGGGUGGGAAGGCAAGCGAAAACUCUGUUGGGGUUAGCACUCAACAAGAGGCGAGCGAGCGAUCUCCUAAAACUCGAUAAGAUCAGAGUUAGAACCGUAGUUCGUCUACUUACGGGUCAUGGACUAUUGAACUACCAUCAGCAUAAAAUAGGCAGACAAGUUUCACCUAUGUGCAGACUGUGUGGGGAAAGUAACGAAACUUCAACUCACAUAUUAUCUGAAUGCCCAGCGUUAGCUAGGAUCAGGCUAUCUAGCUGGGGUCAAGCAAUUAUUGACCCUAAGCAGGUGAGCAACCUAUCGAUAGAAGAGAUACUGGACUUCUGGAGAAGAACAGGACUCUAAGGGGUUGCUAUAAACGAGCGAGCUGGAGUCUGGUACAAUGGGUUCUAUAACCUAGGUGCUUACUUUCCCCUCUUGAGGAAAAUCCAGCUCGAUCUCGGUAUUAGAUUAGAUUAGAU